CAAACAGAACUGAAACUCUCUCUCCAUCUCUCUGCUUGUUCUUCCUCUUCUCCUCUUUCUGUCUCCUCCAUCCUUCAGACAGACGGGUCUCACUGUUGGCCUUCAUCUUCACCACCACCAUCAUCAUCCUCAGAGGAAGACAGACAGCGAGCCCCCUGACCCUCGCCCCCCCGGGUCACAAUGGCAACGGUCAUCUGCACCCGUUUCACCGAAGAGUAUCAGAUGUACGAGGAGCUGGGCAAGGGAGCGUUUUCUGUGGUGCGUCGCUGUGUGAAGGUGCUGUCUGGUCAGGAGUACGCUGCCAAGAUCAUCAACACCAAGAAACUGUCAGCCAGAGAUCAUCAGAAGUUAGACCGUGAAGCUCGAAUCUGUCGUUUAUUGAAGCACCCAAACAUCGUUCGGCUACAUGACAGCAUUUCAGAGGAGUUGCACCAUUACCUCAUCUUUGACCUGGUCACAGGUGGAGAGCUAUUUGAAGAUAUUGUAGCCAGAGAAUAUUACAGUGAAGCUGACGCCAGUCACUGCAUCCAGCAGAUCCUGGAGGCGGUGCUGCACUGUCACCAGAUGGGCGUGGUCCACCGGGACCUGAAGCCAGAGAACCUGCUGCUGGCCUCGAAGUCUAAAGGAGCGGCGGUGAAACUGGCCGACUUCGGCCUCGCCAUCGAGGUGGAGGGAGACCAGCAGGCCUGGUUUGGCUUUGCGGGGACCCCCGGCUACCUGUCUCCAGAGGUUCUGAGGAAGGACCCGUACGGGAAGGCCGUCGACCUCUGGGCCUGUGGUGUGAUUCUCUACAUCCUAUUGGUCGGUUAUCCUCCGUUCUGGGAUGAAGAUCAACAUCGUCUCUACCAGCAAAUCAAAGCUGGAGCUUAUGAUUUUCCCUCUCCUGAAUGGGACACAGUGACUCCUGAAGCCAAAGAUCUCAUUAAUAAGAUGUUGACCAUCAACCCGUCCAAACGGAUCACAGCAGCCGAGGCGCUCAAACACCCCUGGAUCUCUCAUCGCUCCACAGUGGCGUCCUGUAUGCACAGACAGGAGACGGUGGAGUGCCUGAAGAAGUUCAACGCCAGGAGGAAACUCAAGGGAGCCAUCCUCACCACCAUGUUGGCCACCAGAAACUUCUCCGGAGGAAAGAGCGGGAGCAACAAGAAGACCGACGGAGUCAAGGAAUCCUCUGAGAGCACAAACACCACCAUAGAGGAUGAAGACACCAGAGUGAGGAAGCAGGACAUCAUUAAAGUCACAGAGCAGCUCAUCGAGGCGAUCAGCAACGGAGACUUUGAGAGCUACACUAAAAUGUGCGACCCGGCGGUGACGGCGUUCGAGCCCGAGGCAUUGGGGAAUCUGGUAGAAGGCCUCGACUUCCACCGCUUUUAUUUUGAAAACUUGUGGUCUAAGAACAGUAAACCGGUCCACACCACCAUCCUGAACCCCCACAUCCACCUGGUCGGGGACGAGGCCGCCUGCAUCGCGUACAUCAGAGUGACGCAGUACAUCGACACCAACGGGACGCCUCGCACCGCCCAAUCAGAGGAGACCAGGGUGUGGCACCGCCGUGAUGGAAAGUGGCAGAUUGUCCACUUCCACCGCUCAGGCUCCGCCUCCACGCUCAAUAAUUAACUUCCGGAGUGGGCGGGUCUUUGAUGGGGGCAACCGUCGCCUUGACAACUGAUUGAUUGACAGCAGGCCCGGCGUCUGACACCAGGCAUUCAGGAUUUAGUUUGGGAAAAACAAGAUGGCGGAGGAGGAGGAGGGCGGGGCCAGAAAGCAGUGAACUGCAUAACCAACCAAUCAGCUUCCUCCUCUCAGCUCGUCUGGACUUUGCUUCGGCCACGUCCCCCUUGUGAUUAGCCAAUCAGCUGCACAGCACAGAUUAUAAUAAAGUGUGGAAACCUCUUAUCUCCUUCAGGAUGAUUGACAGUGCCGACACCUUCCUUACAGCUGUGAAGCAACAAGCUGUUAUAUAUUUAAUUAGUUUAUAAUUAGUUCUUAUUUUCCCCUGAAAUCAAUUAACAGAUGCACGACUCUCCCAUCAUUUAAUGCAUCGUUUAUGAAUUUAACUGUAAUUAUAACGCAUGGUGGUUUAAAUAUUUUCACCUGCAAUUAAUGCGAUUUAAUUUAAUUCUUACCCAGUUUUCAGAUAUUGAACAAACAUUAUUGGAUCCAUUAAUUAAUUAAUUACUUGAAGAUGUUAAGGAGGUUUUAGAUAUCCCAAAAUAAUAGAUGUUCUUUUAAUGUGGACUUUUUCAAUUAAGGUGUAAAAUUCAGCCGUUCAGACAAAUUUAAUUCAUGGACAGAUUAAUGGAUUAUAAAAUAUUAAGAGGAAACAACCAUUGAAAACACUUUAAUAUAUUACAAUCUAUUAAUUAAUAACUCAUUAAAACACCCAGCUGCCUCCAUAAAUGGGUUUCUGCAUGGAUUAAGAGGUUUAGAGAGAGAGUUUAAACAAAUAAACUUGAACAUGAAGACGAACAGAUUCAGCUGUGAACGAGAUGUCUGUGAUUUUAUAUUUCUUUAAUGUUUAUAUUUAAACAAACGGACGAGGAGAUACAAGGUUUCCACCUUAUUUUAUACAGAGGCCAAGAGUCGCCAUGUUAACUAGUUAUUAUUAGACCCAUUAUCUCCUGAUCACAACCUGAUCACCCCCACCCUCCACCCCCCGACACACACAUUGUUACUUCAUUCAGUUAAUCUGAGUCACAAUAAAAACCAAAAAACACAAAUAAUAAAUAAUAAUAAACAAGCUCUGAAAGAAUCGUUUAUAUAUUUAUAUAAUUAUUUAAAUUUAAAUGUCUUUAUAUCUUUAGACUAAACUAAAUACCUGUAACUCUGUUUCAGCCUCAGGGUCUGAAUCAUUUCAGCUUAAUUAUCAUUAAUUAAUUAUCUAAAAUCAUCAGAAACCAUAUGAUUCAGGAUCACAGUGAAGCUGUGGUGUUGAGAUGUUUGGGCCUAAAGGUGAUCAGGAACUAAAACUGCUCUCAGCUUCUGUAACGACGUCAUAAAUCAAAAGUAAUAAUCAAUAAUUAACAUUAUAUAACAGCAGUUCAGGAAAAACACGACCACGAUGAGGUUUGGAUGUUGGACUCAUCUCUCUGCUUCCAUCGGGCUCGGAGAGCUCCACAAGCUUCCACCGCUCUCCGACCUGCGAUCUUCCAUGAACAGCCACACCUCCACCCCCCCAUGCCAACCCACCUCACCAGGUGUCCUAACGAAGAGGACCUUAACGAGGUACCUUAACGAGCUGUCUGUCUGCUGCCUGCGCUCCACUCCGCUUCAUCAGAGGAAGAAACUAGUUUACAAAAUGUUUUAGAGGCAGUCGAUCUCCUGGGAGAGGAAGAAGGAUGUAGGGAAGGAAGGAAGGAAGGAAGGGACAAAUUGUGUUCCCUGAUUUUGUUUUAGCACCUAAAUCCAACAAAAAAUUCAUAUUAAAGUUUAAAACCUUUAAAGUUAUUGAUACUAAUACUUAUUGAUACUUACACCUGGUGUCGGGCGCUAAAGUAAAGUCAAAGCAUGUCCCUUUAAGUGACUUGUUUGUAAAUCAGGUUAUUGAUGCCCGUGGGGAUGCAGAAUGGCGCUGCGCUGAACAAAAUGACCAUUGAUUGUUUUCAGAGUAAAAAACUGUACAAAGCAAAAAAAAAAAGAAAUGACAGCCAAUCAGAAUCACCGACACAGUCACCUGUCAUCUGUUGCCGGGACCAAAGUCCAACAACCAAAAUAAACUCAUCUGUACGGAGGCCUAGGAGAGACAAAAUAACAAGUCAAAAGUUAAAAUGGAUAUAUAGACUAAUGAGAUGUAAUAAUAGAAGAAAAAAGUAUGUUUGUUUGACAGAUAAAUGUGAAAAAAACUGAUUAUAUUAUAUAUUUUAUAAAUGCUUUGAAAAUCAUUCUAAAAAAUUAUUGUCAAUAACUAACAGUGUCCAACAGUAACUAGUAAACUUUUCCAGUAUUAUUAAAUUUAACUAUAAGCUUAAAAACAAACUGAAAAUAGCUUAAAUGUUCAUUGAAAAGCCUCGUUUAUAUGAUGUUUUUGCCAUCAUCUGCUAAAAGCUAAAGGGCGGAAGAUUUCAGUUAAAAGAAACUACUUUUAAGAAGGCAGACGUUACGAGGGUGACGUGUAAGGGUGAGUAAAUAAAUAAAAACUGCUCUUAGUGCUUUUUGUCUCUUCUGAGCCUCCGUACAACAGGACAAUCUGACUUCCCGUUGUGAUGGUCUGUUGGCGGUGUGAAAUCUCUGUUGUUGUUUUUUUAGGAGCCUUAAUAAUUUUCAACAUUUUAAUUAAAAACUAGAACUGCGUCUUGGAUCGUGAAGUGAAAUAUUAACUCGCCGGCUCAGAGUCGCUGCGUUCAACUGUUCUGUUGGUGAAUUAUUUUCCAGGAGAUAUGAGGUUUUUGUGGUAGCGUUCUAAAAACGUUAGAUUUUUGAGUGGAGUUCUGCACAGAGAGUUUGUAUUUCUUCCUCUUCAGUGAUGGUGUUUACUUUCUGUACAGAUGAUGUGAUUUUCUGCAUGCAGGACUUUUUUGUGUUUUGUGUUUCGGCUUCGGUCUCUCCUGUGUUUUGGCGUUCGCGGCUGCCAUGUUUUCCAGCUCUCCGGUGACUUACUUCAGACUUGUUAGCUUUGUUAGCAUUCCUCGCUGGGAGCAAUGGUAUCUGCUAGCCGCGAGCUAACAAAACGCCACUUUGAUAUUCUGCGACUUUUGACCCGUUGUGUUUUGUCUCGGAGGCUUUAAGCUGCUUUUUACCGUCGGAGAAUGUAGAACUUUGUACAUCAGAUUCUUACUAUGAUGAUGAUAUUACUAUUCUCAAUAUAUCGCGUUUGUAUAUUUAAAAGCUUUUUAAUGUUUGAAUCAGACUUUCAGUGCUAGCGUUGUGUGAAUCACCCUGUAGAGAACCCAUUGUGUAUUAUUAGCUUUUUAUUUUUGUUAGUAUGAUAUGCAUUAUAGCGUGACACAAGUUCCCUCUGCAACCGCUGAAUGUGUUCGCCAACAGCGCCGCUGCCCUUAUUUUACUUUAAAUCUCGGUGCCAUUUGGAGUCCUGGCUCAGGUAACUCGUUCUCCCAAGUCGUCACAAGUGGAUACUUGGUCAAGACACCUAGGUGUCAGUUUUUAACACACUGGGCGCCCCUUUAGUGUCGUUCUUCAACGCUACAAGCAUCAUGUCAGGUCAAAGUCAGGUUAAGUUUCACCAAGGAGGCUGAUUUUCGUUUAGCCAACGUGUGACUUAACAUCAUCACUCACGUAAAUAAGUUAAGUUACGUAACUUAACCUAACAUACUUAUUUUAACCCAAACCACCAGCUUUUCCUGAACCUCACCAAACUGCAACAAGUCCUCCAACCUAAACGACAAAAUAGUUUGUUGAUCCAUGCCUCCACAGAGCAACACAUAUGAGUGUUUCCCGUCAGGUGAAAGGUUAACUACUUUACGUCACGUGACAUUAAACACUUGGUUAACGCUGUGAAACGGCCGUAGUUUGUUUUGGUUUAGGCAUCAAAACUACUUGGUUGGGUUUAGGAAAACGUAGAGGAGCGGGUUAAAGAAAGUAAAUUACAAAGGUCAGUAACACUAUUUAACUUCAAACUAAAAAUAACUCAAACGUCCAGAGUUUGACCCACCCAUCACCGACUUCCUCCUUUGCUACUGUUAUACAGCCACUGUAUAACCAUGAUAUGCGUGAACAUGGGUCGUAACAACGUGUUGCACAAAUGACCUGUUUUGUUGUUUUUCUGGUGAGGACUCCCAAACUGCGAGCGUUUCACAACCUUAACCACGUGUUUUAUUUUGAAAUUCUAACCAGACAAAGAAGAGUUAUUAUUGCUAACUUGAUUGCGGAGCCCUGCGUGUCCAGAAAUGACACUGAAGGAGCACCCAGUGCGUUAAAUCAAGCGCCCACAAGUGCUUGGCUUGGGCGUGAGAACGAGUUGACUCAGGAAAUAAUCAAAGAACUCGGGAGGCUGACCAUUGGAUGUUUUCUUCAGACCUUUGACCAUCAAGACCUGAUACCAGGAUAGAAAAGGGCGGAGCCUCUUUGAUUAGGUCAUCAUUGAAACCAGAUAAAACUUGACUUGGACACAGGAAGUGAUGUCAUCAAGGACAUUUAGAUCUUCACAGCAGAAAAUCAUUAUGAAUGAAUCAUUAGAUAUAAUUAUAAGUUAUGAAACAUAUAAUUUAUUCUGCACAGACGUUAAACACCGACGCAAAGAUGUGAGCCCACGUAUGAAAGUUCUGACAAGCUGCCAACCAAACAAUUUCCUGCAUAAUUAAGAAAAGAAUGUCUUAUAAAACAGCUCUUUGGCCUUGUGGUUGCUCAACAGGCGGCAAAUAUCUGAGCCAGAUCCAAAAUGAAGCUGAUGAAACCAAACCCACAUUAAAGAUUCAGAGCCCUCAGCGAAAACAGGAGAUACGGAGAUUUUAAAUUCCUUCUUAAAGUAUCUUGUUGGGUUUUGGUUUAGUUUUCGGACUUUAUUGGGAUUCAAGCGUGUAAAUUUAUGGUGGGCUCUAAAUAUUGGUCUGAUUCACAAUGAGUUUCAGCCUCUUCAGUAAAUAUUGACCCCUAAAAGAGAGCGUGACCACAGCCAGGACUCCAAAUGGCACCUGCAGAGUGAAUGGCUGUUUUCUACCGUAGACUAGUCUGUGUUUUCUAAACCUCCUCUUUGACCUUUUAAGACACUUGAAAGUUUUACUUGUUGGUGGUUGAAGUCUUUGAGCAGCGGUGGGACGCUCAGACGCUCCCUGCUAAUAUCUGAGAUGUCAUUUUUUAAAAACUAUUUAGGUGUUUAUGCUUGAAACUGAAGAAUCUUACAGCAGCCUUCAUGUUAUUCCUACGAACAGAUGCUCUGACGUGUUUCCUGUUUUAACCAGAUGUUCAGUGGGUUUGGCUGCUCCGUAUUUACCUUCAUGACUCCAAAGCAGCAACUUCCAACCUUUAAAAUUAUUUAUUCAGUCUGAUCCUGUCGUUAUUGGCUCAGACGGACCGUUUGAAUGUUUCCUGGUGAUUUCACGAAUCAUUUUUCAUUCGCUGCUGAAUGUUGGAAGUUUCUGUGUUGAAGCUUCACCUGCAGCACUGAGAGGACGAUCACUUCCACGGGAAGCUUUUCUUAUCGACGUGGCGGGAAACAGCAGCAGGAGGAGGAGGAGGAGCUUCUGACUGUUGCUUUGUUAGCAAACCUUAGACAACAGGUUUUCAACAAACUAACGUGCUUAUCUGUGGCUGAAAGCAUUGGCGUGCUAAUGAUGCUGACAAGCUAACAAAGUUUACGUGACUCAUGACGUAAAACACAACGUAAAGAUGCAUGAGGCCACGUAUGAAAGUUUUUGACAAGCUGCCAACCAAACUCUGUACAAUUUACUGCAUAUUUAAGAAAAGGACGUCUUAUAAAACAGCCCUUUGGACGUGUGGUCGCUCAGCAGGCGGCAAAAAUAUCUGAACCAGAUCCAAAAUGAAGCUGAAAAAAACAAACUUACAUCUUACAAGACAAACUUAAUCUCACAAGAUCCAGAACUCAUAACACAGAAUAGAAAUAGCUUUGUUAUGCUAACAUUAGCUCAUGAGCUAACAGUUUUUUGCUGAUUCAUUAUGUUAUAAUUGUUCUGCUUCAAUUUAUUUCCUCCUAUGUGCAGUUUUACAUGAAGUCACUGCAGUAAUGUCAGUUCAUGUGAACCACCAACCAAACUACUAUUUAAAAAACACCAGUAUUUUAAAUCAUUAUUAUUUUAUUGAUCAAUAUAACUGUGUGGUUACGUCUUUUAUACAGUCUAUGAGUUAUAUUUAGUGUAAAUGUCAUCACCUACAAUCCGAUCCAGAUGUUGUUUCAACUUCCUCUCUACACUGUUUCUCAUUUUGAUGGAGAAUCAAAACAAUCCUUUAUAUUAAUUUGAAAAUAAAUUGUUACUAAAAACAAUCCAAGUUUAAGAUAUUUAGUCUAAAAAGAUCAGAAUCUGCUUUGAUAUGUUUUUAAUUAUAGAACACACAAUUUUGGGGCUAUAAACUGACCUUCCUACAGUCGGUCUGAAUGUGGUGUGUUUGGUUCCUGUCGGUUUUUAAAGGACUUUAAACUAAAGGUUUUGCAUCAGUCGGACGCUCCUCUGCUCUGCAGGUUUAUUGAUAUUUGGUUUCUGGAUUUUCCUUCUGAAACAAAUGAUAAAGAAAUAAUCAAUACAUAAACCAUUCAUCAAUCAACAAGGGUUCACAUUUUAACCUGUCUGGAAAAUAAAAUCCUAAGGUCAAACUGACUCCUCGCUGUUUCCUGUGCGCGAUCUUGACGCUCUUCAAAAUCAAUAAUCAGUGAUCAAUAAUCAGCUCCUUCUUUCUACUAUGAUGGAUAUUGUUGUGUACUGUGUUAACUGGGAUGCUGCAUGCUCAGUGUGUUACAGUGUGUGAGAGAGAGCGUGUGUUUUUAAUCUCUUUUCUUUUGUAGUUUUUUGGAGUAUUUCUUCUUCUUCUGCAUCGUGUUCAAAGUGUUUCUGUAAAUAAACAGAGGUGGUCAAACGCUG